CGUAGUACCUCUGCAAAACGAACCCAGGCACUUGCGAGGCCGGAGAGGGGCAGGUGCCGGGAGGCGGCUGACGGGCGCAGCACGCUAGGCCCAGUAUCGGACUCCGGCCCCGCAUCCGGCUCUGGCCCGGCGACAAGACAGUCCGGAAGUGCAGGCAAAGAGGCUCCCCUCGGGAGCGCAGCGCGGUCCCGCCGGGGACCAGCAAGGGCCGCGCCCCGGCGGGCAGGCGGCAUGGCUGCAGUGCUGGCUCUCAGGGUGGUUGUGGGGCUGGCGGCAGCUGCGCUAGUGGCCAUGCUUUUGGAGCAUUACGGCCUGGCGGGUCAGCCCUCGCCGCUGCCCGGCCCCGCGCACCCGAGAAGGCCGCACCCGGCGCCAGGUCCCGGAGACACCAACAUCUUCUGGGGCCUGCAGAUAUCCGACAUUCACCUGAGCAGGUUUCGAGAUCCAGGCAGAGCGGUAGACUUAGAGAAGUUCUGUUCUGAAACUAUUGACAUCAUUCAACCAGCUCUCGUCCUAGCAACAGGAGACCUGACAGAUGCCAAAACAAAGGAACAACUGGGAUCCAGGCAGCAUGAAGUAGAAUGGCAAACCUACCAGGGUAUUCUGAAGAAGACAAGAGUCAUGGAAAAAACCAAGUGGUUGGAUAUAAAAGGAAAUCAUGAUGCAUUCAAUAUUCCAAGUCUGGACAGCGUCAAGAAUUAUUACAGGAAAUAUUCUGCUGUACGUAGAGAUGGCUCUUUCCAUUAUGUCCACAGUACUCCCUUUGGCAACUAUUCAUUCAUCUCUGUUGAUGCCACCUUAAAUCCAGGGCCUAAGAGACCCUAUAAUUUCUUUGGAAUUUUAGAUAAGAAACAGAUGGAGGAGCUCUUAUUACUGGCCAAGGAAAGUAGUCAGAGCAACCAUACAAUUUGGUUUGGACACUUUACAACAUCCACUAUUCUUUCUCCAUCACCAGGAAUCCGGUCAAUAAUGAGUUCGGCUAUAGCUUAUUUGUGUGGACAUCUCCAUACACUUGGUGGACUCAUGCCUGUUUUGCACACUCGUCACUUCCAGGGCACUUUGGAACUUGAGGUGGGAGACUGGAAGGAUAACAGAAGGUACCGGAUUUUUGCCUUUGAUCAUGACCUCUUUAGCUUUGCAGAUUUGAUCUUUGGCAAUUGGCCUGUGGUUCUUAUCACCAAUCCUAAGUCACUCCUAUAUUGUUGUGCUAAACAUGAACCACUAGAAAGACUUCUUCACUCAACACACAUCAGAAUCUUGGCCUUUUCCUUAUCCACCAUUACUUCUGUCACAGUUAUGAUUGAUGAAGUUGAUUUAGGCCAGGCUGUUCAUGUGUCUGGUCCUAUUUUCAUACUGAAGUGGAAUCCUAGAAACUACAGUAGUGGGACACAUAACAUAGAAGUAAUCGUCCAGGAUGCUGCUGGAAGAAGUAAGAGUGCUCACCACAUAUUUUCUGUUCAAGAGAAUAAUCAUCUCAGUUUUGAUCCCCUGGCAUCAUUUAUUCUCCUUACUGAUCACUAUAUCAUAGCCCGGGUCCUUUUUGCACUGAUUGUGCUGAUCCAGCUCAUCAUUCUCAUUACCUUUAGAUAUCGAGGAUACCCAGAACUUAAAGAACCUUCAGGGCUUAUAAAUCUGACCUCAUUUUCUCUUCAUGUCUUGAGCAAAAUAAACAUCUUCUACUAUUCUGUGUUGUUUUUGACCCUAUAUACAGUGCUGGGUCCAUGGUUUUUUGGUGAAAUCACUGAUGGCAAAUUGGGUUGCUGCUUUUCCUUUGGGUUGUUUAUUAAUGGACAUUUCCUACAAGGCAGCCUAACAUUUAUAAUUGGAAUUCUCCAGUUGGCGUUUUUUAACAUCCCCUUGAUGGCUUACAUAUGUUGGAGCUUGCUGCAGCGGUGCUUCGGUCACAACUUCAGGUCUCAUCUCCAUCAAAGAAAAUACUUAAAAAUUAUGCCAGUUCACCUACUUAUGCUACUGCUGUACAUCUGGCAGGUUUAUUCCUGCUACUUUCUUUAUGCAACAUACGGCACCCUAGCUUUUUUAUUCUCCCCUUUGCGGACUUGGUUGACACUGUUGACACCUGUUCUCAUUCGUUGUGUGUGGACACUCAACCCCACCAAGCUUGGAAUCUUCAUGGUGCAGUUAAAAAGCCACCUGAACUCCUGAAGGCCAUGUCUCACCACUGGGAGCUGGGCGUAAGCCCAGCCACUGUGUCUGUAGCCCAGGCUUCCACCGCGGUAGUAGGUGGAAGGCCAGUAUUGGUGGGUGAGCUUCAGGGAGCUGCUGCUCCUUGGACUCCUGGAUGUUGGAGAGAUUACCCACUACUGAUAACCUGCAGAGUGGACUGCAGAAAAGUCUCAAAAAUGAUGCUUUUAUUCCUUCCCUCCCCAAGGAGGUAAAGGGUUGAUUUACUUUUGUGAAGAGAAAACCCUCAUCUAGGACACCCACAGGGUAGGGGUUAGGUGUGUGUGUAUGGGAGUAUCUGAGACCCAGUAUGUUUUUUAGGGCUACCCCAUGUAAAGCAUCUACCGCUGUGCUUAGAAUUCAGCAGCUGUCAAAGAUGCAGUUUCAGGGACAGGGAAACUGUGAGGAUCUGGAUCCGACCCCGACUACCCCUGAGAUAUGAAUUCCCUGGUCUGUUUUCCCACAGGAUUGCGGGCUCUCUGAUUCCUUAGUCGAAAGUGUUUUCAACUAAUCAAAUAAAUGAAUGAAUGAUAAAUAAUAAAUACCUUGGGCC